CCUUCUAUAUAUCGCACCUUCUUCAACCUCAUACACCUCUUCCUACUCUUCUUCUCUUUCCCUUAUAGCUUUCAAGCUUUCAACUUAUAUCCUCAUACUGCUUUGCUUCUUUCCCCCUAAUUUUCUUCUCUACGAUCUCCUUCUCAGAUCUCCCAUCUCUGAGCUCAGAUUUCUUGGUUAAGAAGAAAGAUCUGUUAGUUUAAUUUGUGUUUUGAUCUUCUUGAACAAACGAAAUCAAUCCUUGAUUGAUGCUGCGUACUGUGUUUUUGAUGUUUGAGAUUCAUGUCUCCUGUUCUUAGUGAAAUCCUCCGUUCCGGUUUUAUGAUCAGUUCCUCUUUCAUACGCAGGACCCAUCUUGUUCAAUCUUUCUCCGUCGUCUUCCUCUACUGGUUUUAUGUUUUCUCAGAAAUUGACUACGCUUUGAUCUGCAUAAUCUAGGUUUUAAAUUAAGUUAGAACACAUAGAUUUUCCUUUUCUCGGAACAAAUAGCGGUUUUUCUAGUCGGGUCCUGCGUUUCUUCUUCUAGGGUUUUUUUUUAACAGAGAUUCAAGAUUUCUGCAUUUUAACGGUGUAAAUACAAGCGGAAAAAAUGGCGUGUUCAAGCGGGAACUCGUCCGGGUGGACUCAACUGACGAACUCGGGGUCGGAGGAGGAUUUGCAGGUGCUGAUGAACGAGCGGAAGCGGAAGCGGAUGCAGUCGAACCGGGAGUCGGCGCGGCGGUCGCGGAUGAGGAAGCAGCAGCACCUGGACGAGCUGAUGGCGCAGGCGGCGGCGCUGAAGAAGGAGAACGCGCAGAUCCUGAGCAAGAUCAGCUCGACGGCGCGGGAUUUCAUGAAUGUGGAGGCUGAGAAUUCCGUUCUGAGGGCUCAGAUGAUGGAGCUGAGCCAAAGGCUUCAGUCUCUGAAUGACAUCCUCAGCCGGAUGAACUCCUCCUCCUCCUCCCCCGCCGGCACCCAUGGCUUCUUCGAUGUCUACGACGAUAUCCCCACCGGAAAUCACCAGACUCUCAUCAACACCACCAACAGCCCAUGGAUGUUCAUGAUGAACCAGCAACCCAUCAUGGCUUCUGCAGAUAAUUUCUUCCAGUACUGAAAAUUUUAAAAAAGACAAAAGAAUUGAUUGUCUGAUCUGCCAGCUUUAAUAUUCUCCAGAUUUUGGUGUUUCCAGCUUGAUCUUAAGGUGUGUGGUGGUGGUGCCUUGCUUGGGUGUUAGGGGCAUAACUGGCAUUAUCUUUAUCUUUAUAUUAUUAUUGUUAUUAUCAUUGUUAUUAUAUUAUAAUUAUUAUUAUUAGUAUUAUGAUUAGAUUUGGGAUCUGUAAGGAAUCCAUUGGGGAGUGGAUGGGGCUAAAGGGGUUUGUAGAAUAUGAUGGAAUGAAUGGUUGUGGAUGUAUAAUGUAUUUUAUAUUUCUAUAUAUCUAUCUUCUAGUUAAAUCAA